AUGAUUGAAGGACAAGCGGCUUCUUCUCAACCCAGGUCUGCAGUGCACUGUCUGGGCAGCUCAACAGGAAAGACUGGUAAAUGUGCGGCUGGAGGCGAGAUCUUCAACCAGUGUGUGUCGGAUCGGGAGGAUGAGGCCUUCAGCGAAGAGGACGUGAAGAGGCUCAUGAGGCAGAUCCUGGAGGGAGUCUCCUUCCUCCACCAGAACAACGUAGUCCACCUCGACCUGAAGCCUCAGAACAUCCUGCUGACCAGCAGCUCUCCCCUGGGUGACAUCAAGAUCGUGGACUUCGGUCUGUCCAGGAUGGUCAGCAGCCACCAGGAGCUCAGAGAGAUCAUGGGAACUCCAGAAUAUGUCGCUCCUGAGAUUCUAAACUAUGAGCCCAUAAGCACAGCAACAGAUAUGUGGAGUAUUGGUGUCUUGGCCUACGUGAUGCUGACAGGAAUCUCUCCGUUCCUGGGCGAGGACAAGCAGGAGACGUUUCUCAACAUCUCCCAGCUCAAUGUGAGCUACACUGAGGAGGAGCUGCAACAGCUGGACCCUGCCUCCCUGUCCUUCAUCCAGACGCUGCUCCGCAAACAGCCACAGGAUCGGGCCACAGCCGAGCAGUGUCUCAAACACCCCUGGCUCCAGCCCUCGGGGCCUCAGGAAACCCAGACGGUGGAGGAGAUCCUCCCAGUAGAGGAUCAGGAGGCAUCCAGCUCCGCCAGCAGCUCCGCCAGCAGCCCUGAACCUCCCUGCAGUAAGACCAUGGGUGAGGAGGAAGAUGAGGAGGAGGAGGGGGAAGGCCCAGUGACAGAGGAGCUGAUAGUCAUGGCUGCCUACACCCUGGGCCAAUGUCGCCAGUCCUCCGCCUCCACCUCAGAGAAGGAGGCGCUGGCUGCCGAGCAGAAGGCCAUCUCCAAACGCUUCAAGUUUGAGGAGCCUUUCAGCGCCCUGCAGGAGGUCCCCGGAGAGUUCAUCUACUGACCCCACCCACUACACGACAGGAAAAGUUAGUGUUGUCAUGGUAACAAACAUAGACCUUCUGAUUAUACAAGCUCCGCUCCAUAUAUACUGUAUGUGUAUGAUCAGAUGCCGCUUCACAUAUAUUAUUUAAACAGUUGGAUUUUAAGUGCAAGUACAUAUUUCUCCCAUAAUGCAUCACCACGAUUGACAGACACCCAACCUACCUUCCAAAGCAGUUACAGUAGGUUCACGUCUCUUGUGUUUCAUUUGGUUUGCUGCUGUAUUUUUAUUUUCUCCCUGAACUGGACGAACAUAGAUGGAGUGACACACUGAGAUAUUUCCACAAGCUCCAGUAGAGUCUGGUGUUUGGUGACGCCAUUUAAGCAACAGUCAAACAGGGAAACAUCUGUAGAAUAGGCCAAUUGAAAGGGUGCUCAAAAAAUGCACCAUAGCAGGCUUGAAGGACCAGUGUGUGGGAUUUAGUGACAUCUAGCGGUCAAGUGUCAGAUUGCAAGUAACUGAACACAGCUCAAGCUUAUAUUCAACAACCUGGGAAUGAGACCAGGCUGUGAAGCAUGUAGGAAAAACGAUGGUGGCUGUGGAACUCGCAAAAGGGCCUGUCUACAGCCAGUGUUUGGUUUGUCCCUCCUGGGCUACUGUAGAAACAAGGUGGUUCAACAUGACAUGUCAACAGACUCCACGGAAGGCGACCUGCUGCGUCUGUAGAUAAAAACAUCUCAUUCUACAGUAAUGAAAACCAACAAAUCUUAUAUUGAAGUGAUUAUACACUAAUGAAGACAUCCCUAUGAAUAUUAUCUUUAAUUUCUGACAAUUUACCUUCCUAAAUGUUACACACUGGAUGAAAAGAACUACAAUUCCAUAUCAACUGAGCAAACAGCUGCUGAGGAAGAUUUUGUACUAAGACUGAAAGCUCCAGAACAGCUAGUAACUGGACCUGUCCCAAAAAAAAAAUCUUCAAAUAAAUAUUUGUGCUAUAUAUCUAAAUUGUGUCUUACUUUUUUGACACAUUAUUAAAACUAUUAUUAUUCCCUAGAAUAACGUCUCUUGAAGUCUACUGCAGUGUAUUUCUGCCAUGCCAGAAAAAGAAAAACAGAUCAUGUUAUAACAUGAAACAUGACAUACUUAAGAUAUAGUAUAUUGUUAUAAUAGGGAAGGUGUUUGUUAAUAACGUGAUAAGCUUGACAGGAAAAUAAUUUGAACAUGAAAGUAUCUUGGUAUAAUGUCUAAACAUCUUGUUAUAACAAUAAACUUUUUACACUAUAAAAUUGAUGAUCCAAUUUUCUUUUUCUGGUGUGGCAGCAAUAGGUUUCCAUAGAGUCCACACCACACAUCUAUGGCAAUUACUAUAAAUCAGUGGACCCCUGUCAGCCAAUCAGAAUGAAGAAUUAAGUGGCUAUAGUAUCAGACACUUAACCGUCAUGUUUUGAUCAUGGGGCAAAAGGCAUUCUGGGAAACAAAGACAUCAACGUAGAAACAGGUCGGGUUGUGGGAAAGUGAGAAACUAACUCCUGUCCCAGAUACCAGAUGAUGGAGAGAUCUACUUUGUUACGUGGCAGUCUCUCUACUGUAUGUAAAGACUGUGUAUAUAGCACACACCCACACUUCCAGUCAUCAUAUAUGUGCAUGUGUACUGAUGAGUGAAGGGGUUGCAGUUGAGUCCACAGACUGUAUAUAAAGAUGGAUGACAUGUCUCCACUUCCUCCCAACGCUUAAACAAACAUCAGUGUGAUAAGAGCUACCUAAAAUGACAGAGACCAUCUUGGGCAAUGUCUAAUAUUUGAUUUUUUGUCCCAUCCUCUAACAUUUAAGGGGCAGGGUUUAUGACCUAUAGUGCAACCAGCCACCAGGGGGCGAUCCAGAUAUUUUGGCUUCGCUUUUGAGGAGCUGUCAUGUCGUCCAUCAUACUAUACAGCCAAUGGUUGGGACUGUUUGUCGCACUUAUUGCAAAACAGUGAGAAGUUACUCACUUUUCUUCCUUUUUUCAAGAUUUUUGAAUCAGAAGCCAAAUGUUUGUUGGUCUCAGUCCAUUUCCUCGUCCGUGCUGCUCUCCUCUGAACAGAACCAGCUCCUGCUCGCUCAACCCUGUUUGUGUUUUGUCUUAUUUUGUAUUUGGUGCCAUGCUUGGAGAAUUAUUUGAUUUUUUCUCUUAUUUUUUAUUUUUUAUUUCUGUUAAAUAUUGCAGAUAUCUCCGAGGAAGUUUUCUAAUUGUGUGUACAUAAUGCAAAUUUGUGUUGUUUUUAAGAGGUAUAUUCCACAGUACUGUUUAAAGAGCCAUUUCACAUAUUCCUGACUGACCUCCCUGUGGCUCACUUCUCUCUGAAGCAAUAAAAACAGAUGAUUUUAAGCUGUACCUGUAGAUGGCGAGCACUCCACAAUUCCUGUGGGUCUGUACUGUAAAUUUAUGUUUAUGAAACAAUAAGCUCUGUCACUAUGGGAACAGAUUUGUACAUUAAUGUCCCGUACUGUAAAUAAACAUUUCAAAAUUGAGUUUGGAGUAAUCAUUUGUGUUUGUGUGUGUUUUGGUACCCACAUUGUCAACAAAAUAAUCACUGAGCUAUUGAUUGA